AUGUUGAAGCUGCUGCUGCUGCUGCUGCUGUUGUUCUGGACGAGCUCAGCGCUGGUCAGGGUCCCCCUCAGGCGGGUGCGUUCGAUUCGUUCGCAGCUGCGAGAGGCCGGCCUGCUGGAGGAGUUUCUGAGGGACCACCGACCCGACGCGUUCAACCGCCGCUACGCUCAGUGCUUCCCGUCCGGGACGCCGUCGCUGAGGCUCGGACGCUCCAGCGAGAGGAUCUACAACUUCAUGGAUACUCAGUAUUACGGUGAGAUCAGUCUGGGAACUCCGGAGCAGAACUUCUCGGUGGUUUUCGACACCGGAUCGGCCGACCUCUGGGUGCCGUCGUCCUACUGUGUCAGCUCAGCCUGCGUGCUGCACAAGCGCUUCAAGGCCUUUGAGUCGACGUCGUACCGUCAUGAUGGUCGAUUGUUUGGGAUUCACUACGGAACGGGACACCUGCUGGGAGUCAUGGCCAGAGACACGCUGAAGAUUGGGAGUCUGACUGCUGUGAACCAGGAGUUCGGGGAGGCCGUGUACGAACCUGGUGACAUAUUCAUGAUGGGGAAGUUCGACGGUGUUCUGGGACUGGCUUACCCAUCCCUGGCACAGAUUCUUGGAAACCCUGUUUUUGACAACUUGUUGGCACAGAAGGCAUUGGACAAGCCGGUGUUCUCCGUCUACCUCAGCAGGAAAACAAAGACCACCAGCCCAGAAGGAGAACUGCUGCUAGGCGGAAUAAAUGAGGCGAUGUACACUGGACCAAUCAACUGGCUGCCUGUAACCACUAAGGGAUACUGGCAGGUUAAGAUGGACAGUGUGGCGGUGCAGGGUACCAGCUCGUUUUGUCCUCACGGUUGCCAGGCAGUUAUUGAUACUGGAACCUCCCUUAUUGCUGGACCGCCCAAUGACAUCUUCAGCCUCCAACAGCUGAUCGGAGCCACGCCCACAAACUUUGGAGAGUUUCUUAUCGACUGUGUCAGGUUGUCCAGUUUGCCUCAUGUAACUUUUGUUCUGGGUGGAACAGAGUACACGCUGACUGCGGACCACUACGUUAGGAAGGAGAUGCUUGGCGACAGGGAGAUGUGUUUCAGUGGUUUCCAGGGCAUUGACAUUGUUUCCCCUGAGGGCCCCCUGUGGAUCCUGGGAGAUGUGUUCCUGACAGAGUUCUACAGCAUCUAUGACAAAGGACAGGACCGGGUCGGCCUUGCCCGGGCUAAGGAACCAGCUGAAAAGUAACCUGGAACUCAAUCCAAACCAAUAAACACUGCGCAAUUUAAAA